GGCGACACGGCGACGCGGCCUCCCAGGAGGCGCUCGCCCCGCGGAGAUGUACGGUGUCUGUGGCUGCUGCGGCGCUCUACGCCCCAGGUACAAAAGGCUGGUUGACAACAUCUUUCCUGAGGAUCCCGAGGAUGGCCUGGUGAAGACCAACAUGGAGAAGCUGACUUUCUAUGCCCUCUCAGCUCCAGAGAAGCUGGACCGAAUCGGCUCCUAUCUCUCCGAGAGGCUCAUCCGUGAUGUGGGUCGUCAUCGAUACGGGUAUGUGUGCAUCGCCAUGGAGGCGCUGGACCAAUUGCUCAUGGCCUGCCAUUGCCAGAGCAUCAACCUCUUCGUGGAGAGUUUCCUCAAGAUGGUGGCCAAGCUGCUGGAGUCAGAGAAGCCCAACCUGCAGAUCCUCGGCACCAACUCGUUUGUGAAGUUUGCCAACAUCGAAGAGGACACCCCAUCCUAUCACCGGAGCUAUGACUUCUUUGUGUCCCGCUUCAGUGAAAUGUGCCACUCCAGCCACGAUGACACGGAAAUCAAAACCAAAAUCAGAAUGUCAGGCAUCAAAGGUCUUCAAGGGGUGGUGAGGAAGACAGUGAACGAUGAAUUGCAAGCCAAUAUCUGGGACCCACAGCACAUGGACAAAAUUGUCCCGUCGCUGCUUUUCAAUCUGCAGCACAUAGAGGAGGCAGAGAGCCGCUCUCCCUCGCCCCUCCAAGCACCAGAGAAGGAGAAAGAGAACCCAGCAGAGCUGGCCGAGAGGUGCCUUCGGGAAUUGCUGGGCCGCGCUGCCUUUGGCAACAUCAAAAACGCCAUCAAGCCUGUUCUCAUCCACCUGGAUAACCAUUCUCUCUGGGAACCCAAGGUCUUUGCCAUCCGUUGCUUUAAAAUCAUCAUGUACUCAAUUCAGCCGCAGCACUCCCACCUGGUUAUCCAGCAGCUCCUGAGCCACCUGGAUGCCAACAGCCGCAGCGCGGCCACGGUGCGGGCGGGCAUCGUGGAGGUCCUGUCGGAAGCUGCCGUCAUCGCGGCCACCGGCUCCGUCGGGCCCACGGUGCUGGAGAUGUUCAACACUCUGCUGAGGCAGCUGCGGCUCAGCAUCGACUACGCCCUCACCGGGAGCUACGACGGGGCCAUCAGCCUGGGCACCAAGAUCAUCAAAGAGCACGAAGAGCGCAUGUUCCAAGAGGCUGUCAUCAAGACCAUAGGCUCCUUUGCCAGCACGUUGCCCACGUAUCAGCGCUCCGAGGUGAUCCUCUUCAUCAUGAGCAAGGUCCCACUGCCUUCCCUGCAUCAUCCCAUGGAGACAGGGAAGACAGGAGAGAACAGGAACCGGCUGACCCAGAUUAUGCUGCUGAAAUCCCUCCUUCAGGUGUCCACAGGUUUCCAGUGCAACAACAUGAUGUCAGCCCUGCCCAGCAACUUCCUGGACCGCCUUCUGUCCACCGCCCUCAUGGAGGACGCAGAGAUCCGCCUCUUUGUUCUAGAGAUUCUCAUCAGUUUCAUCGAUCGUCAUGGCAACCGCCACAAGUUCUCUACCAUCAGUACCCUCAGUGACAUCUCUGUCCUGAAGCUGAAAGUGGACAAGUGCUCCCGACAGGACACCGUCUUCAUGAAGAAGCACUCCCAGCAGCUCUACAGACAUAUCUACCUGAGCUGCAAGGAGGAGUCGAACAUACAGAAGCAUUAUGAGGCGCUCUAUGGCUUGCUGGCGCUCAUCAGCAUUGAGCUGGCCAACGAGGAGGUGGUGGUCGACCUCAUCCGCCUGGUGCUGGCUGUUCAGGACGUGGCCCAGGUCAAUGAAGAGAACUUGCCUGUGUACAACCGCUGUGCCCUCUACGCGCUGGGCGCAGCCUACCUGAACCUCAUCAGCCAGCUCACUACGGUCCCCGCCUUCUGCCAACACAUCCAUGAGGUGAUAGAGACCCGGAAGAAGGAGGCGCCCUACAUGCUCCCUGAGGCCGUGUUUGUGGAGAAGCCCAGGUUGUCCCAAAAUCUAGACGGAGUAGUGAUUGAGUUCCUCUUCCGCCAGAGCAAGAUCAGCGAGGUCCUGGGGGGCAGCGGCUACAACUCCGACAGGCUCUGCCUGCCCUACGUCCCUCAGCUGACAGAUGAGGAUCGCUUAUCCAAGAGGAAGAGCAUUGGAGAAACCAUUUCCCUGCAGGUGGAGGUGGAAUCCAGGAACAGCCCAGAGAAGGAGGAGCGAGUGCCUGCCGAGGAGAUCACCUAUGAGACCCUAAAGAAGGCCAUCGUGGACAGCGUAGCAGUCGAGGAGCAGGAACGUGAACGGCGGCGACAGGUGGUAGAGAAGUUCCAGAAGGCACCCUUUGAGGAGAUCGCGGCACACUGCGGGGCCAGGGCAUCACUGCUGCAGAGCAAACUCAAUCAGAUCUUUGAAAUCACCAUCCGGCCCCCCCCAAGCCCAUCAGGCACCAUCACCGCAGCCUAUGGCCAGCCUCAAAACCACUCCAUCCCGGUCUACGAGAUGAAGUUUCCCGAUCUGUGCGUAUACUGAAUCCAGAAGACAGAGCUCCUCGUACUGAAUCCAGAAGACAGAGCUCCUCGGCGGGGUGGGGUCUGAGGGAGGGGCUAGCCCUCACAACCCACCCCUGUGGCCUGGAAAUGGAACUGAGAUGUCAGAGAAAAAGCAGCUUGGUUGGCAGCACCUCCCCAGCUAAGCAAGGGGGAGCCUUGGGCCCCCUCUCAGCCCUCCCACUUCCUCUUCGUCUUCCCUGAAGGAGAUCAGCCUCUGGAGCCAAUAAGCAUCUCACCUGCCCUUUGUCUCCUCCUUUGUGUCCACCAAGAACUGAGAACCAUGGGAGGGCUGGGUGUACUCUCCAGAGGGAGACAGGGGUCCUGAGAAUCUCCUGCUUGCUGUAGGUCGGGAAGGGCUUUCAUGGGGGUGGGUCUGGGGGGCACAGCUGCCAAUCCCCCAGGAGAGAACUAGACAGAGACAUGGACAAUAGUCAGGAGGAUGCAGGGCGAGCUCCCAGCUGCUCUGGGAAAGCAGUGGUGUGCAAGGCUGGGAGGCGGCUGCUGUCUUCCAGAGCAGUCUCCCUCUGCCUGGAGGCCUCCAGCCUCUCCCCCUUUCCACUCUCCUGCUUGCCCUGCCGGUUGUGUCCUUGUGAUUCUUUCUAUUAUUAAUUCAUGUCAAGCCCUUCCAACAGGAACUGCAGUCGAGAUACCAUGCACAGCAAGAAAGGAUAAAAAUCCAGGGUGGGUAGCUUGGGCCAUAGAGGGGGCUGGCUCUCCCCGGGCUAGGCCUGCCCCUGUGGAGGAGCAGCAGGCAGAAGUGGGCAAGGCCACAUCCCCUGUUGCAUCCUCUCACCUCCCUCACUGAGAGGGAGCUUGCUGGGUCCUCCCACAGUUCUCUUCUUCUGGAUGUUUCUCUUAAGUUGAGUUUUCUCUCUGAUGCCUUUCUUCCUGAGGAUCCUAGCAUGUUUCUACAGCCUCUGAGUUGAGGGAGGGCAGAAUAAGGUAAUGGUUCAAGAAAAUCUGGUUCUAUGUGUCUCAAAAGGAAAAGGAAUUGUGAGGGCCUCCGGGCCUGCCCACUUCACUUCCUGUGGAAGAGGCUCCCGGCCUGACUUGGGAGGGGGCAGGGGAGGGGCUUAUGAAGAUAGCAUUUCUCAUCUCAAGGAUGUCAGAGUCAACCUUUUGGAUGUUUCAUUCAAGGAAAGAAGGCUCUGGCAUCCAAUAUUGGAAUGAUCUCUUCACUCUUUGGGCAAAGUCAGGACAUCAACGCCAACUGGCAAACUUGAGGCUUGGGGAGAAGCAAUGAGGACCCCUUUGGGUUCUGGCUUUCCAUCUUUGCUGAGCGCCCUGCCUAUCUAUGUGCAGAGGCAGAGCUAGAAGGCCUUUCGCUGUGUUCUCUCUGCUCCCCUCACCCAUCCCCCCUCCGGGAGCCUUUGUCCCUCCGGAGCCUCCUGGGUCUCCUCCCAUGGCAGCACCCUAUGGUCCCAAAUAGCCCCUCUCUUGUCUCCCAGGAAAACUUCCCAUCACUUUUCUGAGCUGAUGGAACUCGCAGGAAGGUGUAAAUGGUCAAAUGAUUCCUCCCUGGAGAAUUUGCUUUUUAAAAAGAGGGAGAAUGAGAUUUCUUGACCCAAAGGAAUCCCUUUUUAGGGUACAAUUUUAGGCCGUGUGGUGAAGGGCCAGAAGCAGGAUGUUUCUGCUAAGGGGAGGGGGCUUCAUGGGACACCCUCUGGUCACAGCCGUGCCCACAGCCCUGCACAGACACACAGUGAAAGCCUGGGUAUGAGGGUAAAUAGAUGUAUUUUCCCAGAACUGGGAAAACCUUAACAUGUGCAUUUUCCCAUUACGUGUGCAAUAACUACUUUGAAUAGGGUGGCUAUCUGACACUCUCCUGUAGUUUCCACUCAGGUCGGUGCCUCCGUGCUAAGGGCCUGUGGCUUCUGGAUGACCUGCAUGAUUACGAGGCCCAAGGAUCUCGGCUUCUGCUCCCCACCCCUCCCCCACCUGUGGCUUUUGGCUCUGGCUCUUAACUAAUGCUCAGCCCAAAUUUAUAAAGCAUGAACUUUGACUUCUCUUUACCUUACUGUCUCUUUAUUAAGAAACAAAAUUUAAAAUAAAAUAUGAAGGCAAAUGACCUUUGGAAGAAACUUUAAAGAAACUCUCAAUCUUGAGCCACAAACGGGUCUUUCCUUACCAGAUCUUUCCAUCUGUAUCCCCUGCUUGGCUUUGAUGAGAAACCCUAUUUCUUUCUUGUGUCCACUUGACUUUGGGGGUUAAUUCAUGGCAGCCUGGCCCUGGGACUGGGAUGUCGUGGUGCUGGAGCCUCUUUCUAGACCCAGCACCAGAACCAGAGAUCUGUAGGCCCACCCGGAUGCCCCUCCCUCUUCCGCCCUGGGAAUGGAGUGAAGAUGCAGGUGCACGGUUACCAUUCUUCUUCCUACACUCACCCCUGCCUCUGUCCACAGCAGCUCUUUCCUUACCUCACCAGAGCUUAGCAAAGAUGCGCCUCUUUGGGGGGAACUAGCCAUUUCUUGAGGGCCCUCUUCUCAGUUUCAAUUUAGAAACUUACAUUCGGUAGAAUACUGGAUUGCCAGCACAGGAAGUAGGACCUGGAUCCUAGCCAGAUACGCCUCAGAGUCAGAAACCAUAAUGUGACUUAUCUCGAACGAUUACUCCGUAAACUGCGGAGUGUCCUUCACACCCACACUCCCCUCCCGUGAGCCCAGGGAGAGGGGCAAAGCAGACUGUGAUGGGCACCCAGGCCUUGGGCUUAAAGUCACUGCUUACUGCCUUCCAAGCCCUCUGGCGUCCGCCUGCCCUGUGUCAUGUGACUGACACUGCAUCCUGCCUCUCUGUCUGGCUUGAGCCAAGAAGCCCAUCCAAAGCGGCGGCUUCUGGGAGCCACAGAGGACUCUUGCUUUGAGGCCAAGGCGCAGGGCUGGUUACCACUCUGUUCACAUCACUUAAGGCGUGAAUGUAUUUGAGACUUUAGAGGUCCUGUUAAUUUGGUUGAAUCAUGUAAGUGGGUAAGAAGCAGCUCAACAGACAGUCCCCUUAGGAUCCUGGAGGCUCCUUGUUUUCCUUUCAGUAGGGUCCCUGGUGCCCUGUGCCCGUUCCCAUUUUCCUCUCUCUGAAAAGCAGAGAUAAGUGGUUCUUUGACUCCUAAAUGCCUCCUCACCAGAGGAGGAACCCAAGGAAGUGAGAAGAAUUAGAAAAGUGUUCCCUCAGAUGCUGUCCUCUGUCCAGCCUCUCCCACAAAUAGACGGAUGGGCAGUGAAAAGUGGGCGGGGACCACCCACAGUGCUGGAUGGAGAAGUACGAGGACCAUACACACGCUGCCCUUUGCCCUGGGUGGCCUGGGUCCCAGAGAACAUGUUUCAGUUGGCCUAAGAAUCACAGCAGCUUGGGGUACCUUGAAACAGCUCAAAGCCAGACCUUAGGGCUUCUCUGGGGGCCCCUGGGGCAUGAUAGCUUCCAGUUGCUGUUACAGGGUCCUCAGGCCUUCUGACCUGGUCACACGGAGGGUCACCGGGAAGUGAGGCUGUUUCUUCCAAUCCUUUUCUGUGACCAUAAAAUGGCAACUGGCCUGUGGGGAUCUCUGGGGAAGGAGAAGGCCUGCGUGUAAGGCCGAGUAUUAAGUUUAAAGGAAGAUAGGAAAGGGGCGCCUGGGUGUCUCAGUCGUUAAGCAUCUGCUUU